GAGAUAGCGGAGGUGAAAGGGCGCUUGGCGCUCCUCCACGGGCUUGGGUCAAUCGUUAAUCUGUGAGGGAUUGCUCUCCACUCCUGCAGGUAACUCCCCGCAGCUCCCACCCUGCACAAAACCAGCAGCCCCAGGAGCGGGGUGGAGCUGCAGCGCUGCGAGCGGAGCUCCUCGCAGGGCCAUGGGAACGUGAGCACACAGGAGGGAACUGGGCGAGAAGCCGCGAGCCCUGGGUAGGUGACAGCUGGCCCCCACCAUGGUGUCCAUGGGGCUGCAGCUGCUGGGCUACACUGUGGCCUUCCUGGGCUACAUCGGCACGCUGACAGCCACGCUGCUGCCCAGCUGGAAGACCAGCUCCUACAUCGGCUCCAGCAUUGUGACAGCCGUGAGCUUCACCAAGGGGCUGUGGAUGGAGUGCGCCACGUACAGCACGGGCAUCACCCAGUGUGACAUCUACAGCUCCCUGCUCAACCUGCCGGCCGACAUCCAGGCAGCCCAAGCCCUGAUGGUGAGCUCCUGCGCCGUGUCCUCCCUCGCCUGCCUCCUCACCAUCGUGGGCAUGAGGUGCACUGUCUUCAACCAGGGCUCACCGGGCAAGGACCGGGUGGCUGUGGCGGGUGGCGUGGUCUUCAUCCUCGGGGGGCUGCUCUGCUUCAUCCCGCUGGUGUGGAACAUCCACGUGGUGCUGCGGGAUUUCCGCAACCCCGUGCUCCCCGACAGCAUGAAGUUCGAACUCGGGGAGGCUCUUUACCUGGGCAUCAUCUCCUCCCUCCUCUCCCUCGUCGGUGGCUUCAUCCUCUGCACCUCCUGCCCUGCCCGGGACCCAGCAGCCACCUACACCUACCAGCCUCAGCUGCUGGUGAGCAAGAGCCCCCAACCCUCUGUCAACCAGGUGCAGAAGCCCAAGAGUGAGGUCAACUCCUACAACCUGACGGGAUAUGUGUAGUGGCUGCAGAUGGGAACCAGGCUGGCACCUCUCCCCUGGGUUGGCACCGAGGGAGCGCGGUAAGAGGAGAGGACACGGCGGCAUCACCCGUGCUCAGCCCUCUCACGUGCUGGGGGGGGUCGACCCUACUCUCUCCCUGGGGAUCCUGAGAGCCUUGUGACUGCUUAGAGAUCCCAGCUGGUGGCUUAUGUUUUUGAAGGACCCUGAAUCCAGCUUCUGUUUCCUGCUCCAUGCUGCCAGCCCACAGGCAGCCCCUGGCACAGCAGGACCCCAGCCUGCAGCCCCAAUGAACCUAUCUGUAUGGGAGGGGUGGGCUUGUGGCCCCAGGGACCAGCCCCCUGGCCAUGGAGGCAUCACAGCAGGGUCAAGGGCAUCAUGGAGUCACUGCUGGGGGGGUUGAGUGCUGGUUGCAAACCGAUGUCGCAAUAAAUUUGUCUUUCUAGCCA